GUAACAAUUAGCGUUAGAGAGGUUCCCUCAUUAGUUCUCCGCAAGAACCAGUCCUCGCUAGAAUAGUCAUAUAUCGAAGUAAAUGAAGUGAAUUUAAGAUUGUUCAGAAUGUGUUUAUUUCCAAUAUUGGGACAGCUAGACCGAUCGAAUUAGACAUUUUGGCUUUUCCCUACUUGUUCAUCGUCUCGUUAGGCCUCAUAGUCAUAAUAGUGUUUCGUGGAUCGUGAUUCGUUCCUGUUUUCGGAACGUUCGAGGAUGGAUUCAAAUUAAAAAAAUAUUGAUUGAAAAAUAAAUGUAGGAAAUUUAACUAGGCCUAAUAUUACCUAAACUGCAUAUAACCGCUUCUACUUUGAAAGAACGGUCUAAAGCGUAGUUACCUCCCGUGACAAAGGGGGCACUGUGAAAUGAAGAUGAAAAUGGCCGACGGGAGUACAGCGGUUCUCCGCCGAAACAGGCCAGGAACCAAAACAGAGAACUGGUGCAGUUGGAGUGAUGAGUCCUUCGAGGAGAUGGAUAGUACUCUUGCUGUACAACAGUUCAUACAACAGGCAAUUAGAAAAGACUUCACAAAUGUUGAGGAAAUCUUAACUCCUCCAGAAGGACAGGAUGAAGGUGUAUGGAAGUAUGAACAUCUAAGACAGUUCUGUAUGGAGCUGAAUGGCUUGGCAGUGAAACUACAGUUAAAUAAUGAAUGUAACCCUGAGACGUGUACCCAGAUGACAGCUACAGAACAAUGGAUCUUCCUAUGUGCUGCUCACAAGACACCUAAAGAGUGUCCAGCAAUUGAUUACACCAGGCACACACUAGAUGGCGCUGCAUGUCUUCUUAAUAGCAACAAAUACUUCCCAAGCAGGGUCAGUAUAAAGGAAUCGUCCGUAGCCAAGCUUGGGUCUGUGUGUCGUCGUGUGUAUAGGAUCUUCUCUCAUGCUUAUUUCCACCACAGGACACUAUUUGAUGAAUAUGAGAAUCAAACCUACCUCUGUAGAAGAUUUACAAAUUUUGUGACCAAAUACAACUUGAUGUCCAAAGACAACCUGAUAGUUCCAAUUUUAGAGGACCAACAGGGCAUUGAGGGGGAGAGUGAAGCCUAAGAUUAAUCUUUAUUUAUUCAUAAUCAUCAUAUACCAGGAAUGGUAGUGGAAAAUCUACCAGAGACAGGAUAAAGGGAUGUAACUCUGUGGUGGUGAAAAACUACAAAGGCAUAUGGAACAAAGGGACGUAACUCUUUGAUCACUUCCAUGACAUACUGUCUGAAAAGCGCCUCUCGUUAGAAGUUGUCAGACUUUUGAAAACUUACUAUCAAGUGUAAAUGCUUGUGCAGACAACUUUGGUCUAGUCUAUUUAGUUGUUUGACAUUAAUGAUUUUAGCGUAGACUUGAUAUUUACAAAGGGAUGGAGAGAAUAUACUUGUGUCCAACCAAAUUGAUAUGGACAUCUGCUACAGAAAGACAACUUGGAUAGGCUGAUAGACCAAUGUGAUCACUUUUGUUGACAAAAUUAUUAACAUGUUUACAUCCGAUGGAUUUCUUGUGUUGACAAUUACUGUGUAUAUGUGUGACCAGGUCUCACCAAAGACAUCAUUUAAAGAUGUUCAUAGCAUCGUAUGUUUGUUAUACACACUUCGUUUUGUUUUAGUCCCAUUAAUGUCCAAAUCCACCAUCACAUGAAUCUCUUACAAUGUGUGAAUGUCACAGGUGCAAUAUAAGAAACAGAGUAGUUCUGUUGAAAAGCCAGUCACUUUUAAAGACUUUUCUAGAAUAUUUCAUUUUAAUGCUUUGAUCCAGACGUAAAAAUACUGCAUGGAUCAUCAUAUAUCUAACUUUUAGCUGAUGUAUUUAGCAAACGUCACUUUAUUUUGAGCUAGUACCUAUUAUGGACCAUACCAUCAACUUAGUAGCCCCCAUACAGUAUACACACAAAGAUUUUUAGUAUUAUAAAGGAUGCAUUUUUAUCAGCACAUGGUGAGACAAGUCCGUUGUUAUUUCAAAUGCUGAUAAGACCCUGCUUAACUCGAAGUUCAUGUUUGUAAACAUUCAAAAUAUCUCCAGUGUUUUCAUGACCCCCACUGAUGUCGAGAUAAUGAGGUUUGACUGCAACUCAUUUCACAAUUAUGGCAUCAAGUGAAUUUGGUUUGAUGGGAAUCGGGCAAGAGGCUCGGUCCAUAUAGUCCUGAGAACUCUUUCAUUUGAUCAUUCAGUUUUUCGGACACUUCAUCUCUAUUGAGACAGCACUUAGUUUGGCAAUGUAGGGAAUUUGUAAAUCAACAUGUUCUUCUGUCGUUAAGUAUACAUUAAAAGUCUAUUAUUCAACAGCAGGAUAUGAGCUGUAGGAUGUAAACUGGAAAAUCAUGUACAAUUAAGGAUGCAAAUUUGUGUAGAACUUUAAUUUUGACCCCUAACUUAUCUUCAGUUUGUGUUGAGAACAAGUGCUGGUGUGUUUGUGUGUGUGUGCGAUUGAUAAAUAUUCAGGAUAUAACAAUUAACCCAAUAUGUAUUGUUUAUUUACACAAUUUGUAUAGAGUCGUAAUAAAUUGUCAUUUUGAAAUGUAAAAA